GACUCCCGCGGGGGGAAGGAGGGCGGAAGCCUCCGCUCCGCCGGGCUGCCCCUCGCUCCUCCCGCUCUUUGGCAGUUGGGCGGGCCUGCGGCGGGCCGAUGGGUGCCCUCGCCGGGAGCCCGAGAGCGCGCCCGGAUGGUGGCCGCUUCCCUCCCGGCCGGCUGGAGACGCCCUGGCUUCCCGAGCGCUGUGAGGACGCGAGCGGCCGAGGCCUCGGGAGCCGACGGCGGAGGGGACGCUGCGGGUCCGGGCGCGGGCGUCAGAAAGCCCAAAACGAAAAGAGCAAAGAGAUUCCUUGAGAAGAGAGAACCGAAACUCAGUGAAAAUAUUAAAAAUGCAAUGUUGAUUAAAGGGGGAAAUGCGAAUUCAAUGGUGACACAAGUACUUAGAGAUGUGUAUGCACUGAAAAAACCUUAUGGUGUUCUGUAUAAAAAGAAAAACAUUACAAGACCAUUUGAGGAUCAGACAUCAUUGGAAUUCUUUUCAAAGAAGUCAGAUUGUUCUUUAUUUAUGUUUGGCUCCCAUAAUAAGAAGCGGCCAAAUAAUCUAGUAAUAGGUCGUAUGUAUGAUUACCAUGUGCUGGAUAUGAUUGAAUUAGGUAUCGAGAAGUUUGUCUCUCUAAAAGAUGUUAAGAAUAGUAAAUGUCCCGAGGGAACAAAACCCAUGUUAAUAUUUGCUGGUGAUGAUUUUGAUGUAACAGAAGACUAUAGAAGGCUGAAAAAUCUUCUUAUUGAUUUCUUCAGAGGCCCCACAGUAUCAAAUAUCCGUCUGGCUGGUUUAGAGUAUGUUCUGCACUUCACUGCACUGAAUGGGAAAAUUUACUUCCGAAGCUAUAAGUUGCUGCUGAAGAAAUCCGGUUGUAGAACACCAAGGAUUGAAUUGGAAGAGAUGGGGCCCUCGUUGGAUCUGGUUCUGAGGAGGACACGUCUGGCUUCAGAUGAUCUUUAUAAAUUAUCUAUGAAAAUGCCAAAAGCCCUCAAGCCAAAGAAGAAGAAAAAUGUCUCCCAUGAUACUUUUGGUACAACUUAUGGAAGGAUUCAUAUGCAGAAGCAAGACCUAAGCAAACUACAAACCAGGAAAAUGAAGGGGUUGAAGAAGCGACCUGCAGAAAGGAUAACAGAAGACCAGGAGAAAAAAUCAAAGAGAAUUAAAAAAAAUUGAUAGA